CCAUGCAAUUUCUCUUUUCUUCCAGGUCGUUUCCAGCACCGCCACCACAUCAUCUGGCAGUUUGAUUGACGCCUCUGUGACAAGAAUCACUAUCCCUCCUGCACCUCCAUCAAACCUUGCUGCAGCCUGUAUUAGUCUUUCUGUCUCCCAUUCUAUGGCCAUUCUCCCCUUUCUCUCUUCCCCCUUCCUCUACUCUGGUCUCUGUGUAGACCAAAAAGCACCCUGCCACUGAUACCCACUCAGAUUCAGCUGGCUCUGUAAUUGUUUAUAACAUUUUUUUUUUCACAUUUACAAUAGUUAUUUCUUUUCACUUUACAUUUACAAUAGCUAUUUUUUUAAACACCAAUCUCUCUUUCUCUCUGUCCUCAUCAGGCCCAGUAGUGCCUCUGCCUGCAUCAUCUGGAUCCUUUCAAUCCUGGUUGCCUGUCUGAGAAAUUAUCUCCCUGUUCAAAACCAGCAGUGGACUUAAUCUACACUGUGGCAAAACCUGCGUCUAAGGCUGUGGAUGAGCACAACAUGGACUGGGUCUUGUGGACAGCCCAGCAGAGUAUCUAGUGGGUCUGAAGAACCAUACUGGUUUGACCUUGAGCAACCAACAGUCAGCACCAUCAUUGACCUCCGGCAGAGCCUGCUGUCAUAUGACCAGCAACAGGUGGUGUUCACUGCCAGGCACCAAGACAGGCUCAUAACAGGAAAGUUCAGGUCUCCAAAGGCAGAGUUCACUCCUGGUAUAGAGAGCCUGAAGCGGUGUGUGCUGGGAUCCACUGCUUCCCCUACCCAGUGGCGGCCAGACUGCUGCCGCUUGGUGGAAGCCAUUUGUAUUAGACUCUGCAAUUUACCCAAGAAUCUAAAAAAGAAAAUAAAGGGUAAAGAACAGGACUAUAUUACAAGAUGGACUUGUGUCUUGCAGGAUUACCGCAAAAUCCGGCAUCUUAUUCUGGGUAAUGGAGCCAUCAUGCAGAGCACU